UUGGGCAUAGAUGUUGCGUUUGGGGAUGUAGGUUGGGGGAAAGUCUUGGAUGGGGAGAGGGUUGCUUUCUGAUCUGGGUGUGGGCAGACGUUGAAUUUUCAAUUGCAUGUUUUCAGGCUAUGAUGAGGACAAGGCUUAUGUAAGGUUGUCAUAUUUUGUUGGCGGGUUAGAGUUCCUGUGAAUUAGUCGGAAGAAUGGGGGAUCAGGCUGUCAAUGGAUACCAGCCACAAAUGGGCUUAAACGGCCAUUUGGAGGCCACCAAAUUGCUGUCCCUCCGGGUCAUCUCGGGCCACAACCUGGCCAGGAAGGACAUCUUCGGCGCCAGCGAUCCGUACGUCCGAAUCGACCUAGUCCGCGGCGAGGGUGACGAUGAGGAGGUGAUCGACGCCGUUCUUACCAAAACCAAGAGAAGGACGCUGAACCCGGAGUGGAACCAAGAGUUUCUGUUCCGCGUGAAGCCGGCCGAGCACAGACUGGUGCUGGAGGUGUACGACGAGAACCGGCUGACGCGUGACGACUUUCUGGGCCGCAUCGAGCUGCCGCUGGCCACGCUGCCGCGUCAGAGGCCCGGCCGCUCGAUCCCGGAGAAGAAUUAUGUGCUCCGACCGCGCAGCGCCCGCUCGCACGUGCGCGGCCACCUGCGGCUGUUCCACGCGUACGUGCCGGAUCCGUCCGGCCUGCCGGACGACGACGAGUCGCUCGAGGAGCCGUCCGAGCCCGGCCCCGACUGGGAGGUGCUCGACGCCGAGGGGGACGGCCCCGAUGGCGCCAACGCCCAGCCGGCCGCCUCGUCGUCAGACUCGGCGAUGGCGCCGUUGCCGCACGACUGGGAGGAGCGCCAGGACGCCAUCGGACGCGUCUACUACGUCAGCCACGCGCUGCGCCUCACGCAGUGGGAGCGGCCGGACGCCGGCCGCCCGGCCAACGGUACUGCCUCCGCGCGUAAACGGCGGACCCUGACGUGGGGCCGCCGCUCGCCGCCGCAGCAGGACUACACAAUUGGCCACCUCUGA